AAAAAAAAGAAAACAAAGAAAAGCCGCGAUAAGCCCUAGAGUAGUCAGUAGAGAGGUGAAAUAAAAACGUAAAAUCUACGAAGCGCAAAGAAAAAGGGAAGACAAAGACGAGAAAAGAAGCAGCAGUAGUAGAGAGAAUGGGGUGGAUCGGUGAUACCGUUGAUUCCAUCAAGUCCAUCCAGGUCCGCCAGCUCCUUACGCAGGGCGUUAGUCUUGGUAUGAUUGUUACCUCUGCGCUAAUAAUAUGGAAAGCAUUAAUGUGCUUCACUGGCAGCGAAUCUCCAGUGGUGGUUGUGCUUUCUGGAAGUAUGGAACCAGGAUUCAAAAGGGGUGAUAUUUUGUUUCUGCACAUGAGCAACGAUCCUAUCCGUACCGGCGAGAUAGUUGUCUUCAAUGUUGAUGGCAGGGAAAUUCCGAUAGUCCACCGUGUGAUUAAGGUUCAUGAAAGACAAGAAACUGAGGAAGUUGAAGUUUUGACCAAAGGUGACAAUAAUUAUGGGGAUGAUAGGCUUUUGUACGCUCAAGGUCAGCUAUGGCUGCAGCGGCAUCAUAUAAUGGGCAGGGCGGUCGGAUUCUUACCGUAUGUUGGUUGGGUGACAAUCAUCAUGACUGAGAAGCCUAUUAUCAAGUAUAUACUUAUUGGUGCAUUGGGGCUGCUGGUCAUAACUUCUAAAGAUUGAGGGAAGGCAUGAGAUGUAGGGAGUCUUUACAAGUGUAGAAACCCCCCGGACCAUCGGGGAUUGCAGGAGAGGAGAGAGAUAGAACAGAGUUGAAUUUGAGAACUCAGAAACUGUGGCCUUUUGUUUUGUUUCACAUGAAUUAAUGAAUUUGAAGACUAGAAUGAAAUGGAGAGAAAUGAGUGGAAAUAGCCACUCUUUCUAUACCCUAUGUGAUGGUAGCAAGUUUAGCUUGCUUUUGCUGUGCUGUUGAGGACAGUAGCCUAGAGGGUGUGCUGGGUAUCGUUGAAUGGAGUGAUGACAAUUUCUCACCUGAUCCGAGUAUCCAACAUGUUUGGCGGGUAUUACCAGAUCCGCCCUGCCCUACCGCACCCCAUUGCCAUUACUAUGAAGUGAGUUUAGAAGUAGAAUGAUAUUCGAACUGGCGGUUUGGUGCCUGGAAACCUGACUUGUUAGCCAAUUAAGAAAAUUUUAUAACGUUUGUUUACAAUGAUGAGAAGAUGUAGCCAAUGGUGUUUCAAUUAAGUACAAUUUAGUACUGUGAUUACCUCGAAAUAAGAAUUUGGUGUCAAUCUAACACAUCUAAGGAG